GAGGCAGGAGCAGGGAAGAGGAGGGAAAAGAGGCGUUCCUCUGGCAAUGAAUGAGGAGCCUGAAUGAUGAGGAGAGCAUCUUUCAUGGCUCCAGGCAGCUGGGGGAUCUCUUGGAGAGAACAAAAUGCCCUGCAGGACUCCUGGGAAACAUGGUGUGGGCCAUGCCGUGGUGUUGGACCCUCUCUUCCCACGCUGUGCUGGAUCCCUGCGUUCAAACCCUGCGCUGUGUCCUGCAUGUGCUCCCUUGUGGUGUUCUGUGCCUGCUGCAGGUGCCCGGGGCAGGGCGUGUGCCCGUGCUCCCCUCUCCCUGAGGAUGCCAGCCAAGAGCAAUGGUGUGCACAGCUCCCCGGCCAGCCACCAGCCCGCGGGUGACGCCGAGGGGACAGGGCUCAGCACCAGCAGGACCUGCUCAACCCAGGAUGGCACCAGCUCAGAGCUGCAGAGAGGAGCCAGCCUGCCUGGGGGGGAGCAGAGGGCUGCCCACACUUUCCAAGGCCAGGGAGCCUUGGCCAGGAUAGUCCGGCUGGUGCUGGUGCUCAGGGACUGGGCCAACAAGAGCCUGCACGAGGAGCAGCAGAGCCCAGACCCCUUCCUGGAGCGUUUCCAAGGCCCCGAGCUCCUGACAGUGCCUGCAGGAGCUGGUGAUGAGCUGCGGGAUGAGGAGACUGAGAGGUUAAACAAAAAGAGGAAAUGGCUGUUCUUUGUGGUGGACCCUGCGGGGGACUGCUAUUACCACUGGCUGGCUGUGAUUGCAGUUCCUGUCCUCUAUAACUGGUGCUUGCUCAUAGCCAGGGCUUGCUUCACUGACCUGCAAAAGACCUAUUUUGUGCUGUGGCUGGUGCUGGAUUACAUCUCAGAUGCUCUCUACCUCGGGGACACAGUGAUCCGCCUGCACACAGGUUUCUUGGAGCAGGGCCUCCUGGUUAAGGACCUGAAGAAGUUACGGGAUAACUACAUCCCCACGCUCCAGUUCAAGCUGGAUGUUCUCUCCACCCUGCCCACAGACCUGGCCUAUUUUUGGGUGGGACUGCACUGCCCCGAGCUGCGUUUCAACAGGCUGCUGCGCUUCUCCCGCAUGUUUGAGUUCUUCGACAGGACCGAGACCAGGACCAGCCACCCCAACAUCUUCCGCAUCAGCAACUUGGUGCUGUACAUCCUGGUCAUCAUCCACUGGAACGCCUGCAUUUAUUACGCCAUCUCCAAGGCCAUAGGCUUCGGGGAGGACAGCUGGGUCUACCCCAACCUCACAGACCCUGAGUACAGCUCUCUGACCCGCGAGUACGUCUACUGUCUCUACUGGUCCACGCUGACCCUGACCACCAUUGGGGAGACCCCUCCCCCUGUGCGGGAUGAGGAGUACCUCUUCGUGAUCUUUGACUUCCUCAUCGGCGUCCUCAUCUUCGCCACCAUCGUGGGGAACGUGGGGUCCAUGAUCUCCAACAUGAACGCCACCAGGGCGGAGUUCCAGGCCAAAAUUGAUGCCGUCAAACACUACAUGCAGUUCCGCAAGGUGAGCAAAGACCUGGAAACCAAAGUCAUCAAGUGGUUUGACUACCUGUGGACCAACAAGAAGGCAGUAGACGAACGGGAGGUCCUCAAGAACCUCCCUGAUAAGUUAAGGGCAGAGAUUGCCAUCAACGUUCACCUGGAGACGCUGAAGAAGGUGAGGAUUUUCCAGAACUGUGAGGCAGGGCUGCUGGUGGAGCUGGUGCUGAAGCUUCGCCCUCAGGUGUUCAGCCCGGGGGAUUACGUGUGCCGGAAAGGGGACAUCGGGAAGGAGAUGUACAUCAUCAAGGAGGGCAAGCUGGCCGUGGUGGCGGAUGAUGGCGUGACACAGUAUGCUCUGCUCACUGCAGGGGGCUGCUUUGGCGAGAUCAGCAUCCUCAACAUCAAAGGCAGCAAGAUGGGCAACAGGCGCACAGCCAACAUCCGCAGCUUGGGCUACUCUGAUCUCUUCUGCCUGUCUAAGGAAGAUCUCAUGGAAGCAGUCACAGAGUAUCCUGACGCCAAAAGGAUCUUGGAGGAGCGUGGCAGGGAGAUCCUCAUGAAGGAAGGGCUGCUGGAUGAGUCAGCUGCAGAGGAAAGCACAGAAGGGAAGAGCAUGGAGGAGAGGCUGGACAGGGUGGCCUCAAACCUGGACACGCUGCACACGCGCUUUGGCCGGCUGCUGGCUGAGUACAACGACGCCCAGAUGAAGCUCAAGCAGCGCAUCACUGCUCUGGAGUCCAAGAUGAGGCAGGAGGAAUGGGAUGAUUUCUUCUCUGACAGCUCAGACAGUCUGUUUGAGGAUGAGGAGGAAGCUUCACCUGGGGGUGGGAUGCAGUGAGGGGGAACACAGCUGGAUGAUGUCUGACCUGGUGCUGAGGCAGUGCUUGCUGCUUCACAAGGCAGACCCUGUGGCUGCCUUGCCAAGGCCUUUUUUAAUGCCCUUAGCACUGCUG